UCGUGUUGCCUUAAGAAAAGACAUCCGGAAGGCUGUUUUCUAAGGGAAGAGAAUUAGCCAUGUAUCGGCACAUAUUCCAGGCGUUAUGUAUAAAGUAUGCUAUAUUUUAAAUGUAUAAUUAUUUUCUUUGUGUUAGAAGGUCAGUGUGGUCAGUCCGGCUUGACCGCCAGCUGGGUUACGCCGGGUGAGCUAAUACUGAUGUCGGCUAGCUUUAGCAAGCUAACAGUACAGCGAAUUAAACAGCACUGAAAUGGUCGGUGAACCAGGCGGGAAUCGCCAAAAUGAACCUACGUACUACUUUCUGAUCGACCAGUUUAACAGGUGUUCAGUGUUGCAAUGAGGAGCUCCAGAGUCCAUCUCUGACUGCUCCAGGCCAUGAACUCUGUUUCCCCAAGUGCAGCACAGUACGCCGGUGGGGUCAUGCACAAUGAACUGGUGGACGGCCGGCGGCAGCAGGACAGCAAUGGACUCACACCGCCACAGAGUCCAGAUCCUAGCAAAGAAGCAAUGGAGGAGCCUGAGGAGAUGGAUAAGCUCAAAGCCAAAAUAAUGUCAGCAUGGAACAACGUCAAAUAUGGGUGGACUGUGAAAUCAAAAACCACCUUCAAUAAGAUUUCACCAGUCACUCUCCUUGGUCACUCCUAUCUGCUCAGCAGCGAAGAUCAAGUGGAGCAGUUUCGUAUGGCCUUCGUGUCCAGGAUCUGGUUGACCUACAGACGGGAGUUCCCUCAGCUGGAGGGAUCCAGCUGGACUACAGACUGUGGCUGGGGCUGUAUGCUGCGUAGCGGCCAGAUGCUGCUGGCUCAGGGCCUUGUGGUUCAUUUGAUGCCCAGAGACUGGACUUGGCCAGAUGCUCAACAGCUCACUGAUGUGGACUUUGAAGUCUUGCGAAUGCGUUCACCAUUGAGGGUCGGUGGGGUCCCCAUCCCCUCUUUUGGCUCUCCACGAGGAAACUGCACCCCUGAAAAGAUCCUGCCAAGUGAUCCAACACUCAGAUCCAGCCAGAGGAAGAGGCCAGAGUCUACAAGGGAUCGACAAGCCGAGCCCAUCCACCACAAGCUGCUUACCUGGUUUGGGGAUCAACCGCCAGCACCUUUUGGGGUCCACCAGCUGGUGGGAAUAGGCAGGAGUUCUGGAAAGAAAGCUGGCGACUGGUAUGGUCCCUCCAUAGUGGCACAUAUACUGCGGAAAGCUGUGGCCAAAGCCACUGUUGUCCACAACCUGGCUGUGUAUGUGGCUCAGGAUUGUACAGUGUACAAGGAGGACGUAGUGCAUCUAUGUGACCUGUCAUUCAACCAGACUUCCCCAGAACCCGACAACCAAGCCUGGAAAUCAGUCAUCAUACUGGUGCCUGUUCGUCUGGGCGGGGAGGCCCUCAACCCAUCUUACAUUGAAUGUGUUAAGAACAUCCUAAAGCUGGAAUGUUGUAUUGGAAUCAUUGGAGGCAAACCAAAGCACUCGCUCUACUUUGUUGGCUUCCAAGAUGAGCAGCUGCUGUAUUUAGACCCUCACUACUGCCAGCCUGUGGUAGAUGUCACUCAAGUCAACACCCCACUGGAGUCGUUCCACUGUACUUCUCCCAAAAAGAUGCCCUUCACUCGGAUGGAUCCCAGCUGCACCAUUGGCUUUUACGCCAGGAACAAGAAAGACUUUGAGUCUUUGUGUUCUGCUGUUAGUUUGGCGCUGUCGUCAUCAGCGGAGAAGUACCCCAUCUUCACUUUUGUGGAGGGCCAUGGUCAGGACUAUGGACUUGAGGGUCACAGCAGUAACCACAGUGGCCAAGCACCUCACAUUCUACCCCCUGGCAAAACAGGUCGAGUCAAUAACAGAAGACACAGCGAUGACUUUGUCUUCUUGUGAGGAUGUUACUUUCAGAGGGUCAGACAAGAAACAGUCUGUUGAUGGCACAAGUAGAACACACACAAUAUGACUCGGAAACACAAACUACUUGUAUUCUAUUUAUCGUCACCUCUGCCAGACAUGGGUUUUAUAAGCUAACAGCCGUCCAUUUGCCAUUUAGGUGGAAAUUUGACUUGAUAAUGAAUGAUGAUUAAAAUUGUUCAAGAUACUUGAAGCAUCAUCACAAACCUAACCUACUAUCUCAAAGUCCACUUUGGUGGACUUAAAGUACUUGCAUAGUCUCUCCUGGCCCAAACUGGUCACGUCAUACUUAACUAGUAAGGGUUGGAACAAGGACAAUGUCGCUUUUCCAUUCCUUACUAGUCAAAUAUGCGGGGGGAAAAGUUUUAUUAUGAAGCAAUCUGGUGUCAUCUCCUUUGUAUAUGUAGUUGUGUGAUUAUUUAUCAGCUGUAUGGAUGUGUGUGAAUGGGGUUGUGAAAAUGCAAAUACAUGUUUAGUUGCUGGAGGUAAAAAAAUCUUCCUUGAACGUCUUGAACUGCUGUAAAUUAAUUUUAAUGUUGUUUGUCCCAAUAGCUCACUCAAGAUCCCAUUCUUCAUCUGCCACUCAUAUUUUAUUUACAUAAAGAGUUAUUUU